ACAUUUUACUUUUGUAUAACUCGCUAUUUCGUACGUGUUUCGUAUUGUAUUUACAAGUUAGAUUUUUAUCAAUAUGUAUCUCCUCCUCUCCACGACAAAUAUGAAAUACAACAUGAAGGGAAAGAAACUGAUAACAAACUCAUUGUUAAGAUUUUAACAAUCAAGAAUAUGAAAGAAGCCUUCAUGCGUCUUGACAAAUUUUUCAUCAUGGAAGAAUGUGAUAUCCCAAUAGAGAGCGUGUAUCUCAUGUACGAAUGACAAUAGAAAAGGACAUAGCGUGUUACAGAACUCUUUAUCAAGAAAACAAUUCAGCUAUUUUGAUAAAUUUGUAAAGAAAACAUCAGGAACCAAUUAGGUACGAAUGUCGCCUGUAAUUUCCAACAAUCCCCGAGAUCCUAUCAUCCCAUCUGGAUUCUUCUUAGCUGCCAAGGAAUACCUUCGUACUUCACCGAGUGCAGAAAUUAGAAAAUGCCGCUGGUUUCUUUUCCCAGGAAAGACAAGUCCAGCAGCAGUUGCUCAGCUGUCACGCGCAAGCGUUCGUAAACGUUUUGUACGCACAAUUUAUUUCGCCCCCCUACUGACGCUGGGCAAAGUCAAACGAUCACACUCCAGACGAAAUUGCAUCUCAAAGAAGGUGGUCCACCCGUUUCCAUCGGACACUCCAAUGAAUUUGGAGAAGCAUUACGGUAUGCAUUUUCAUUGCUCGUGCGAUUCUUUGAAGGAUCUCAGGCAGGGUCUGCACCUCAGUAGGGGGAAUCAAAACGAAGAAAACAUAGCGCAGAAUUACCAAGAAAUAGAAACUCCCCUAUGGAGGGUGGCAUUCUUUUGUUGUACAACACGUAGGUAUGCACUUCACUCGGAAUGUUCUUGGAAUAUCAUGGAAAAGAUGAAAGAUCUUUCUUGCAGAUGACUUCAUAAGCCGCGUUGUUCCGUGUUACACACUGAUUCCAUCACGCUUUGAUCAUAUCCGCCGUCUUCUCCGCGCUUUUCAGGCUGGUGCGUCGUCACGUAGCUUGUACCGUUACUGUUACUCGCGUGUGCGCAUACAUAUCUGCACUACCAAAACAGAAUUCAUAUUGUACAAAACACUGAAGAAAAAAAAAAAGAAUAACACAAUGUAUUUUCGGUUUACAUAUUAAUCCGUUGGCGAUUGAUGAAUUUUCAUUCGGCAUGUAUAGG